GGAUUGUGUGUGUACAUAAUUCAAUCCCCGUGGGACUGGAGUCUGGCCUCACCGGCGGCUUGGCUGAUUGGCUGUCACAGCUCUCCCCCGCCCUCCAUACCCCCCGCGUCCCAGGUGGCUCAGGCCCCUGGGUGAUUUCUGUUUACCACGAGAGCUUGUCCAAGUUGGGCUCCAUCUCUGCCCUCGCUCCACUUUGGGGCCCCUGCCCGGCUGGGAAGCGGAGAGAAAGCCGGGCCCAGCCCUUCCUCGCCCUUCCCCUCCCCGCACCGCCCCCGGAGAGGUCGGGUAAGGGGGAAGGAGUGUGCGUGGGACUGGGAGCCCUGGGCCUGGGGGAUCUGGCUGUCCCCAUCCCGGUGCCUCGCGUGGACCCGGGAGUUCCAGCCGGUGGACUGGCUCCGGCGCCCUCCGCCCCGCGCCGUCGCUCUCGGGGUGACGGGCCCACCCCGGACUAGCAGCCAGAGGCUGGAUCUCAGGGAUGCCAGCUCAGCAAAAGCACAGGCGUGGAGGCUUCUCUCACAGGUGUUUCCCCACCCCCGCAGACGGCGAUGACCCCCCAGCCCGCCGGACCCCCGGACGGGGGCUGGGGCUGGGUGGUGGUGGCCGUAGCCUUCACUGUGAACGGGCUGUCCUAUGGGCUGCUGCGCUCGCUGGGCCUGGCCUUCCCUGACCUUGCCGAACACUUUGACCGAAGUGCCCAGGACACUGCGUGGAUCAGCGCUCUCGCCCUGGCCGUGCAGCAGGCAGCCAGCCCCGUGGGCAGCGCCCUGAGCACGCGCUGGGGGGCACGCCCGGUGGUGAUGGUUGGCGGUGUCGUCGCCUCGCUGGGCUUUGUCUUCUCGGCUUUCGCCAGCAGUCUGCUGCAUCUCUACCUCGGCCUGGGCCUCGUCGCUGGCUUUGGCUGGGCCCUGGUGUUCGCCCCUACCCUGGGCACCCUCUCCCGAUACUUCUCCCGCCGUCGAGUCUUGGCGGUGGGGCUGGCGCUCACCGGCAACGGGGCCUCUUCGGUGCUCCUGGCGCCCGCGGUGCAGCUUCUCCUCGACGCUUUCGGCUGGCGGGGCGCUCUGCUCCUCCUCGGCGCGGUCACCCUCCACCUCACCCCCUGCGGUGCCCUGCUGCUACCCCUGGCCCUUCCUGGAGACCCCCCAGCCCCACCGCGUAGCCCGCUAGCUGCCCUUGGCCUGGGUCUCUUCACACGCCGGGCCUUCUCAAUCUUUGCUCUAGGCACAGCCCUGGUUGCCGGCGGGUACUUCGUUCCUUACGCUCACUUGGCCCCCCAUGCUUUAGACUGGGGCCUAGGGGGUUACGGGGCAGCGCUGGUGGUGGCCGCGGCUGCGGUGGGGGAUGCGGGUGCCCGGCUAAUUUGCGGCUGGCUGGCAGACCAAGGCUGGGUGCCCCUCCCACGGCUGCUGGCCGUGUUCGGGGCUCUGACAGGGCUGGGGCUGUGGGUGGUGGGACUGGUGCCUGUGGCGGGGGGCGAAGAGGCCUGGGGGGGUCCCCUGCUGGCCGCAGCUCUGGCCUAUGGGCUGAGCGCCGGGAGUUAUGCCCCGCUGGUUUUCGGUGUCCUCCCUGGGCUGGUGGGCAUCGAAGGUGUGGUGCAGGCCACGGGGCUGGUGUUGAUGCUGAUGAGCCUCGGGGCGCUCCUGGGCCCCCCUCUGUCAGGCUUCCUAAGGGAUGAGACUGGAGACUUCACCAUUUCUUUCCUCGUGUCUGGCUCUUUGAUCGUCUCCGGCAGCUUCAUCUACAUAGGGUUGCCCAGGGCGCUGCCUUCCUGUGGUCCAGCCUCCCCUCCAGCCAUGCCUCCCCCAGAGAGUGGGGAGCUGCUUCCCACUCCCCAGGUUGUCUCACUCUCCCCAGGAGGCCCUCACCCCACUCUGGAUACCACUUGCUGAUUAUUUUAGUGUUUGAGCCCCUCUCCCAAUAAAGAAUUUUUAUUGGGUUUUCCUGAAA